UGGGAAAAUAGACCUGCCGGUAAACGUAGGUUUAGCGCCGAAUUAGCGUGCAUGCAGCACAAAAACAAGAUGGCCGCCUACUUCGCCCCUCUCCAGUGCGCAGUCGGCACCGCAGCAGGCAACGAGAAGCUCUUCAAAGCCGCCGAGACCUUCAUCGAGAGCCGGAGGGAGGGCGAGAAGCGACUGCUCAUGGGGCUGGAUUGCACCAACGCCUUCAACGAGGUGGACCUCGCCCGCCAGUUCCCUGAGCUCUUCCACUUUCUCUGGCAGUUCUAUGGAGAGCCAGCGGAGCUGUGGUAUCGACUCGCAGACGGCAGAGUGAAGACCAUCCUGAGCCAGCAAGGCACUCAGCAAGGAGACCCUGCCAGCCCCUUCCUCUUCUGCCUGGCCCUCCAGCCAGUACUCAAGGCCAUCCAAGCCAGCUUUCCACGCGCCCUCAUACAAGCCUUCAUGGACGACAUCAUACCGGGGGCCGACGAGAGCAAGGCAGACGGGGUGGUGGACAAGGCGGAGCAAGAGCUGCAGACCAUCAGCCUCAGGCUGGCCAGGAAGAAGAGCAAGGCGUACGGCCCCCACUAGACGGACAGCGAGCCACCACCAGAGGACCUGCUGCCUGGCUUUGAGAGGGAGGGGCUCUCGAGUGAGGGCAUUGACAUCCUGGGUGGGGCAACGGGGACGGACGGCUACGUCAGUACCAAGCUGCAGAGCGUCCUCGACUCCCACCGUCCCCUCAUCGAACGACUCAAGGCGUUCGCACACGAGCAGCGGCAAGACUCAUCGCUCCUUUUCCGCUCUUGCGCAGUCCCACGGCUGUACUACUGGCCUCGUCUCCUUCCCCAGCGCCCUUCAACCACCGAGGUCACGGCGCUACUGAGGGAUGAGGAGGUCAUGAGCGCAGCCAUCGCCAUCACGGGCUGGGAGAGGAGGACACCACCGAGCCGCAGCGACGACAGAUGGCGCUACCAGUGAGAGAGGGGGGAUUGGGCAUUACGACGGCGAGCGCCAUCCUGCCUGCGGCAUAUCUCGGCUGCACCGCUGUGACGCUACCCUACGUGUGGAAACACUACCAGCUGGCGCCAUGGAUGCCACAG